CAUAAAGGCAGCAGAAGAAGAAACGUGCUCAUCUACAGAUUGUGCUGAGAGUGACAGUUUCAUUGCGGAGGACAUUACAACGCACAGCGCCAACGCACAGCGCAGCAGAUCCUUCGCCGUCACAGUGUCGCUCUGCUAUAUAUGAAGAAAAUAAGAAUUAAAAUGGCCACAGUGGCUCCAGUCCAAGCCGAGAACAUCCCGGGGGAAAACAAGGGGAAAAAGAAAAAGUGGUAUAAAAAAGUCAUUGGGAAAUUAAUCCCGCCAAUAUGGCCAGCGCAAAGCCCUGACGAUCCAGCAGAGGAGGAGAGAGAGAUAACAAUUGAAGACGUACAGAAGCUGAUAGAGGAGCAGCGGUACGAAUAUGCCAGCAAAGGCUUGAUUGAGUUGGAACACAAGAUUGUCGCUGGAUCCGAGGAGCCAACGUUGCACAUGAAGGAUCUCGAACCCCUUUAUGGGAAACUCAAGGCCGAAGUAUUUCGAGUGAUCAAAAAGUCCAUCACCAGUACAGACAGGGAGCUUCUGCAGGAGGCUAUACAGGCCAUAGUAGUACAAGAAUCAGAAGAUUCAAAGUGCAUCUCAGACUUGGAAAACGCAGACGGCUCCCGGCCGAAGGGAUGGCUGCAGACCUGGAAGGAGUGCGUCAGGCAGAGCGUGGAGGAGCGCAUCCAGGACCUACCUCUGGAGGAGAAACUCAACGGGCCCCCCACCAUCAUCUUCCCAAUCAUUAGUAUAGGAAAGCUGUUCAAGAACGACCUCAUCCACCUGGUGACGCAUCUCAAAGCUUGCUACCCAGAGGACUUUGAUGUGUGUGACACGUAUGCCCAGCAUUAUCACCGGCAUAUCAAGACAAGGACGGAAGAGAUCACACAGUUUGAACUCUGUGAGAAGGACAACUUCGCAGUUCUGUGCUGGGUGCACAACUUGUAUCCAAAUGAAAUCUUGAAAAACCCCAAGCUGGCCGAACACAUCGAUGACUCGCGGCUAGAAUGUCUUCUGUCGCAAGAAGUUGUCCGAUUGCUGGAGAAUAAUUUUCUGCGGAAUGAAAGGGAUUCCUUUGAUGAACACAUGAAUAAAGCAUUAAAUUAUGAAGCGGAACUUUGGAAAGAUGAGACGGAACCAAAGAUGUUGGGAUCCCAUUAUCAUUCUGAGCUACAAAUCGACAUCAUUCAGUGUCAUGAGAGUAGUUUAAAGAAGGCGGCUGAAAUCAGACCAGAAUUGGUAGACAAGUUAUCGAUAAGCUUGCAGAAUAAUCUGUAUGAAAUUCUACAAAGAUACAAAAAAGUUUUUGAAGAAUAUAUAUCUUCUAUGGAGAAAAGCAAGACCCAGAACUUCUACAGAGAAACGUGUAUCACUCAUUUAAACUGCUGCCUGGGCUUAAGAACGUCUCUGUUUCGCAAAGAGGCAAAGUUAAGACAUGGUUUGCGCAUUAAGUCAACGCUUCUCCAGUUGGAAGACAACAUAUACGAUGCUCUUCUUCAGGACUUGUUUAUGGACAUAAAGAAUAACUUCAAAAAGAUGUCUCAGGGAUCCUCUCCAUUCAGUUACCAAACUAUGCAAAAUAUCAUUAGAAUUGCUGAGACCUUCAUGGAACCCUUCCACACCCUUAAGGAUGAAAGCUACAAGGUUUUGUCUGGGAAAAUCCAUCUGUUCCUGGUCAAAGAGCACCUGGCGCGGAUCCUGAAGAGAAAAGUCAGCUAUAAAAGCGUGCAGCAGAUGCAAACUUUGGCUAACCAGAUCGCCGAGAAUGCAGAGCUCAUCGAUUCGUUCUCAGCUUUUUAUCGCUCAGGUGAAGAUUGGCUGAAACCUGCUUUACCAAAGGUGGCAGAAAUUAUUCGACUUCAGGAUCUGAAUGCAAUUCAGCUGGAAGUAGCCACACUGGUUGAAGACUAUCCAGAUAUUCGGAACAAGCAAAUAGAAGCCAUUCUGUACAUGAAGGGAAACCUUUCAAGAAACGAAGUAAAGUCCAUUUUGAAGACGGCAGACAUGGUUGAACGAAGAGUUAACGACACACAAAAACUUUUUGAGUCAAUUAAACCUUCUUGAUUCUCUCGGGAGAAACUCAAAUGGUAUCGAAGACUUUUUCGAACGUUACGGAAACAAAAUAAGCUGUUUACAUUGGACCGGACUCCUACGCCAAAUAUAGUCCUCGGUCUCCUUUUCUUAAUUAGUAUGAGAAGAUCCAAUGUGACCAAUCAUGUGACCGGACUGUUGCUUCAGUUCUCCGUGGAAGCUAUCGGACUGAGUAACAGGCAGAACUCUUUUACGUCACUUUGGAAAAUCAACAGGGAAAAAAAUAAAAAUAAACUUGGGAGAUCAGCUAUGACUCCAUCGUUAUGCUCUGUCUCGAGGGUGGAGACACAAACCUUCAAAUCAUAUUUUUCACUUUUGUAUUAUAUUAUUUUUAUGGUUGUAAAUAGAAUGUUAGUAUCAUUUACAUGGCUGUGUGAUAUAUUUUCUCCUAUCAUGGAGAGUCUUUAAGUUGCUUUUGCAUUUUAUGUUUUUGUAUUCUAAGGUUGGAUUUGUUUAUACAUUGAGUCGUCUUUGUAAGAUGGCUUCUGUGUUUGUGUUUUUGUUUUUUCAUUUUGUAUGCUGCUGAAUCUUGGAACAUGUCUUAGGAGGACGUGCAAAGCUUAUUCAGUAAAAGAGCAAUGAGAACCUGCAAAA